GGCGUCCAAAAUGUCAACACAGCGACAUUGGCUGCCGUAGUAACGUAACUUUAUUCAUAGUACAAACGUCUUUUUAUCUUCUAUAAUAAUUGCCGUCUUCAUAAUCGAGACAAUUCUUAAUUAAUCGUAAUAAUUGGUAAAUUACAAGGAUAACCGAUAAUUCCUGUAAUAAUGUGAGUAGCAGAUGUUUAUAGACAACCUGCUUUGUUAUGGAUGAUCUCUGAUAAUCUGCAAAGGAACGUGUUUUCUUUAGCAUCGAGUUAAUUUUCCUCAACAACAUACUCUAGGCCAAAACAAGAAGUGCUGAGUGAUGGCACAUGAGUGAGGGGAAUUCCCUUGCUCACUCUUCUUAACCAGCAGUUAACCUAUUUCCAACAUGCACUUAAAGAUACACAAUAAAAAGCUCUGAUUCUCCCUCAGAAGAACCUUCCUUCCUUCGUCAGUUUUGAUUAGCAUCAGGAUUUUGGGAAAUGUAUGUUGUUUAAUGGUACUAUAUUGAACAUUACCAAUAGGAAGUGUAUGAGACAACAGUGAAUUAUUGUAUGCAUAUUUAACAAAUUUAAACAACAAGUAAAAUUUGUUUGAAUAUUAGAUUCAUACAUCAGCAGUGAAAUCUGGUUGUGGUCCUUCAAAAUAUUGCAUUUAAUUUUUAACAGAUUUAUUCAGUAAUUAUUUGUAAACAAUUUUGUGUUAAGAGUUGUGAACCGAACACAUUAUCAUUACAGAACAGAACAGGACAGGACAUAAGGCUAAAAUGAAUCCAGACCAUCCUUUAGAAUUUCCUUUGAAAAGUGAAACUGAAGGUGCUUCCAUAAAUCAAGAAAACAUCAACAUGGCUGCCUUUAGUGGAACCAGUGAUGGAGACAUCAAAAUAGAACCAGAGGAAUUCUAUGAGUCUAAUGAAGAUGAUGAAUAUUCAUAUGAAAUGAAUUCAAUAGUGAAUGAAAAACAUCCACAAACUUGCAAAAACGAAGUAAAACAAGAAAGAAGGAUCUGUGACAGUGGAGAGAAGCCUUUCAUAUCCACUGACUGUGAGAAAACAUUUUACAAGAAAAUUAAUCUUACAAAUGAUAUCACAAAUCCUACCAGAGAGAAAUUCAUAUGCAAUGACUGUGGGAAAGCAGUUUCCUUGAAACAUAAUCUUAUAGUUCAUAUGAGAAUCCAUACUGGAGAGAAGCCAUUCAUAUGCAAGGAAUGUGAUAAAGCAUUUUCCCAAAUAUCAGUUCUUAAAACUCAUAUGAAAAUCCAUACUGGAGAGAAGCCAUUCAUGUGCAAGGAAUGUGAUAAAGCAUUUUCCGGGAAAUCAAGUCUUACAGAUCAUAUGAGAUUGCAUACUGGAGAGAAGCCAUUCAUGUGCAAGGAAUGUGAUAAAGCAUUUUCCCAGAAAUCAAAUCUUACAAGUCAUAUGAGAUUGCAUACUGGAGAGAAGCCAUAUAUGUGCAGGGAAUGUGAGAAAGCAUUUUCCCGCAAACCACAUCUUACACGUCAUAUGAAGUUGCAUACUAGAGAGAAGCCAUUCAUGUGCAACGAAUGUGGGAAAGCAUUUCCCAGGAAAGAUAAUCUUACAAGUCAUAUGAGAUUGCAUACUGGAGAGAAGCCAUUUAUGUGUAAGGAAUGUGGGAAAGCAUUUCCGAGGAAAGAUGAUCUUACAAGUCAUAUGAUCACCCAUACUGGAGAGAAGCCAUUCCUGUGCAACGAAUGUGGGAAAAGAUUUUCCCGGAAAUCAAGUCUUACAAAUCAUAUGAGGUUGCAUACUGGAGAGGAAAAAGAAACAACAUGAUAAAAUAAACCAGUUAAGGGCAGAGAUCUCUCAAAUGACCAACUAUACGACAGAUCAAAUUCACUCACAAAAUCUGCUCAAGAAAAUAAGGAAGAUGAAGAAAAAAUACAGAAUAGGGGAUGAACAAAUUAGUGGAAAACUGGCAGAACACCAAGCCAAUAUAAAGGCCCUAGCUUCACAAAUAGGAAACAAACCACAGAAGAUAAAAGUAAAAUAGAUAAAUAGGCAGUUUGGUGAAAAAACAAAGAUUGUGUAUAGGAACAUGAUGAAAGAAACAGUGGAGGUACAAACACCACCAAGCAAGGAAGACCUAGAGAGAUUUUGGAAGCCACUGUUUGAAGACCCUAGACAAAACCAAGAGAAUUCACGGAUUGACACUAUUAGGCAGAAGAAGAAUAAAGUAAUUUCAAGACACCAGGAAUAGACAAGAUCCCAAAUUUCAGGCUAAAAAAGAUCAGAGCACUACAACACACUUAUGCAAAGCCUUCUCAAGAAUAGUAAGAGAAGAAGAAUCACCAGAGUGGCUCACAACAGGAAGCACCAACCUUCUCCCUAAGAGCUCAGAGACUGAGCUCCCUAACAAACAUAGGCCCAUCUGUUGCCUUCCAACAACCUACAAAUGGCUCACAGGAGUCAUAGCAGACGUGAUCUGUGAACAUCUAGAUUAAGGCAAUUAUAUGGAAAAAGAACGAAAGAGAUGCACAAGAAACAAACUAGGCACUAAAGAUCAACUGCUAAUAAACAAAAUAAUAUUAGAAGAUUGUAAGAAAAGACAAAGGAAUCUUAAUAUGGCUUGGGUAGAUUACUAGAGGGCAUUUGACACUGUGCCGUGCACCUGGAUAUUCAAAUGUAUGGAAUUAGACAACAUCAAUGAGGAAAUAAGAUCUUUCUUGGCAGCACAGAUGAGUAAGUGGAAGACCACUCUCUGUCUAAAACACUCUGAGGGCCAGAUAGUAAUUCCAGACAUAAAGAUCCAAAGAGGAAUAUUCCAGGGUAACAGCCUUUCACCACUUCUAUUCUGCUUGACCAUAGAUCUGCUUCGUAAAAUCUUGAACAACAUUAACACUGGCUAUGAUCUAAGUAAAAGCAGAAGCAGAAAAGAGAAUAAAAGAGUGAACCACCUGCUCUUCAUGGAUGACCUGAAGUUGUUUGCAUACUCAGAAUAAAAAUUGGAAGAACAAGUUAGGACAGUCCACCAAUUUUCAAAUGACACCUGCAUGGAAUUUGGGUUGGACAAGAGUGCCACGCGUACAAUAAAAAGAGGGAAGAGAGUAACAUCAGAAGGUAUAAAGGUAGAGGAAGGCAUAUCUGUUGAAGACUAGGCAGAGGAGUACUUGGGAAUAGAAGAAAACACUGGUAUAGAACACAAGAAAGUGAGAGAAAAGGUAAAGAAAGAAUACAUCAGCCACUUAAAGAAUUAACACCAAAGAACAUGAUCACUGUCAUAAACCAGCUGGCAAUACCAUUGGUGACAUGUGGUUUUGGCAUUAUAGACUGGCUACAAGGUGAGUUAGACAGGAUGGAUAUUAAAAGAUUCUCACCUUACAUUAAGUCACAUACAGACACCAGUGUAUGGACAUAAUAUACCUCCCUCACAGAGAAGGUGGAUUAGGCCUGGCUGAGAUCAACCAGCCCUACAGAGCAGCAAUAAUAAGUCAAGGGUAGUACUUAGAAAGCUCUGAGGAUGAAAACAUCAAAAAGGUUGCCCAACACCAUAAUGGAGCCCUGAGCCAACUAACAUCAACAAAAUAGGCUAAGAACUUCGCAGGAGACCUGCUAGAAGACACAGAGGGCACUGAACAGACUCCAGCAAAAACGAUAGCCAGGAAGACCAAGCAGAAAUACAGUCAGUCACAGAGAGGAGAAACUUAGAAUGGAAAGGUGGAAAGACCAUGGAAGGGCAGGAAGAUUUCAAGACGAACUGGAAAAAGUUACAUAGACAAAGAAGAGUCACUCAGAUGGAUAAGAAAUGGAGAUCUAGGUUAUGAUGGAGAAUGACUGAUAAUAGGAGCACAAGAUCAAGGCCUCCUGACAAACAGCUUCAAGAAAAUGGCGGGUAUAUCAGCAAAUGACCAGUGUAGGUUUUGUCAUGCAGUGGGUGAAAGUGCGAAUCAUCUGAUAUCAGCCUGUCAAACCCUGCUUGCAGAUGGUCACUACACAGCCACAACAAGAUCUGUAAAUAUAUACAUUGGAAAAUAUGUAAAGAAUACAGAACUGAAGUGAAAGAAAAAGUGUGGGAGCAUGAACCACAUUCAAUCACCUCCAACAGGAAGAUAUAUAGAAGGAGGUGCUAUAAGACCUGCUAUUGUCAUCUGGAACAAUGAGGAAUAAACAGCAAAGAUUAUAAAUGUGACAGUACCCAGUGACUUUGGCCUCAAUAGAGCUUAAAGGUUUAAAAUGCCAAGACCUGAAGAAUGACCUGAAAAGCACAUGGGAACUGAAGGAAAUAGAAAAAACAAUACCUUUGGGGGUAGGAGCAACAGGACUUAUAAACAAAAACCGGAGAAAAUAUCUUCAAGUUAUACGAAAUUCCCCAGUAUAAAUGAGGUGAAGAUUGCUGCCCUCAAAGCAGUGGUAAACACCUUGAAACGAGCCCUUGGAUAUAAGGCUAGUGGAAUUUUGAGGUGCAACCAUAGACCCCAGGCUGGGGCCCAUUAAACCCCUGAUAUAAAUUGAAAAUUAAGAAUAACAUAAGCGAAAGAGAAACCAUAUAGUUGCUCUUUAUGUCAAAGAAAUUUUUCUCAAACAAGUCCUCUCAAAAGACAAGAUAAUUCACACUAGACAGAAGCUGUUUACUUGAUCUCUGUCCAAGUAGUUUUUAUUACAUGAUUUAAUUUAACUUGACUCCUGCGUCAGUUUUGAAUGAAGGUGUCUCAAAAGGUAUGUGAAAACUCAUGCUAGAAAGAAGUCAUAUCCUGUAUCUGCAGUUGGUUUCCAAGAGCUCUUUCUCAUUAGGUUUUUUCAUUAGGUUCAUCUUAGAAUGAAUAUGUUAACUCAGAAGAAAGACGUCAUUCUUCCACACGAUGUUGAAACAGUUUUUCUUUUGUAGAUUCAUAACAUAUGUGACCACUCAUGGAGGAUAGAUAUUGUUCUUUGACACUGCAUGUUGUACUUUUGUCUUGUAUUCUGCAAAUCACAGUCAUUGGUUCUGAAUGCCACUCAUCAGUGAGGAUGUUCAGUUGCUCUGACAGAUUUGUUAAUAUUUUGCACCCCAAAGUAAGUUGCACUUGAUGUGGAGAUAAUUAUUGUGAACUUGUCUGCAAAAUCUAUAGAAAAAAAGGCAACAGCAACCUAAGGGACGAUAAAAAGAAAAACCAUAUUUAUAUUUUUAUGAUCCAAUUCAUGACCAUCAUCAUUGCUGUUACUCAAAGAAGAGAAGAAGAAUCUGGAAGAGGGUCUGAGUGAAAAUGCAGAUGAUGGCUCUUCAUUUGCAGAGUCUUUAUUAGAAGUCAAGUCAGAGCCAAAGUAUUUUGGCCAGAGUGAAUUUGAUGCAAAAUGGUCAUGUAACCUCUAUGCAAAGGUAAAAUAAAUGACUUUUUUUUUCAUACAAUUGUUUUAAAUGAACACUGUACAGUGCUAGGUUAAGAAACUUUCAUUUGCCUUCUCCACUCUUCUUGUUCUUGUGUAUUUUUUGUAUGAUUUCCAAAUAAAGAAUUAGUAUUGUCUUUGGCUGACACGAAGUUUUCUUCCUUUUAUUAUUCAGCAUUGUGCAUAUAUGCACUUGUAUAUGUAGUUGUAAGCUUGAAUAUUUCCAUGAAAUGUUAUUCUUAGUGGAAAUAGAAAGGAUUGAUAUCUUAAUUAAACUUCAAUGAAAUUUUGGUGCAUUUUUAUAUGAUUUUUUUUUUAUAUGUUCUUGGUUUUAAUCUUCUACAAAGUAUGUGCUACAGCAUUUGUAUAAAUCAUAAUGCCUUGUAUUAGCUCACUAAAUACUACAGUGGAAUGUUUAGUAUUUUGUUUUAGGUUAACCUGUCUGAAGUGUUGAGACUAGACUAGUUAUGUAAAUGACUAAAGUAAUGUGUU